AUGUCCGAAUCAACGACAUUUUCCGCGGAGAGCUACUUUGCAACGCAACCCGCACCUUCUUUUCUCGAGGAGGAUGUACACAAGGUCCGCGAGUUCGUAGAAAGGCACGCACGAGCGGGGAGGAAGGUCGUCCUUGUCACAAGCGGCGGGACCACUGUCCCACUCGAGCUCAACGUCGUCCGCUUCCUCGACAACUUCAGUGCCGGAACUCGUGGCGCGACCUCCGCCGAGUACUUUCUCAAAGCAGGCUACGCCGUCAUAUUCAUGCACCGGCAGUUCAGUCUGCAGCCGUUCAGCCGUCACUACUCGCACUCCACUCACCCGUUCCUUGACUUCCUGGAGAUGGAGCAGACCGGUGCAGAGACGGAGACAAAGCUGGACGGAGUCGGUAGCGAGCCACAGCGCGUAGGGCCGCACAUCAGCGUAAAGCUCUCGGAACGCACGCAGCUCGUGGAGGUCUUGGCGGCCUACAAGGCGGUUCACAAGGCGGGGACACUGCAUACGCUGACAUUCGUGACAGUCAACGAUUACCUUUGGCUCCUCCGCGCAGUGAGCCAGGAGCUGUCGGUGUUGGGUCGAAAUGCGUUGUAUUAUCUCGCUGCCGCAGUAAGCGACUUUUUCCUCCCCCGACAGAAGCUUUCAGAGCACAAGAUACAGUCAGGCAAAGGAAGUCUGCACAUUGAGAUGGAUCAGGUACCAAAGAUCCUCAAGCCUCUUGUCUCUGAAUGGACCCAGGGCCAAGCCUUCAUCGUCUCCUUCAAGCUCGAAACGGACCCUUCGCUGCUUGUCCCCAAGGCUCGUACUGCGUUAGCACGAUAUGGGCAUCAAGUUGUAAUCGGCAACGAUUUGCAUCACCGCAAGCAUCGUGUUGUCUUUGUAGCACCCGCGCAUGCCUCUCGUGCCGCCCAAUCGGAUGAUGCAGAGGGAUUUGUCGAGACGUGGAUCCGGAUAGAUACCAAUGCUCCCCCAAGUAAGGAGAUUGAAGAAGACAUUAUCGCAGAAUUGAUCAGUAGACACCAGUCGUGGAUAAACCACACAAGUGUAUGA